AUGCUUGUGAUCUUGUGCACACCGUUGCUGGUGGCCCCGUGGUUUUAUAGCCAUUCUGUCUUGACAGUCACUGCAGUGGGCCGUGGCUUACCUUUAGAUUUAGACAUCUCGCUCACGGGAUGUGACUUGCUCGCCCUUCCAGAGGGCAGUCAACAAGCAAGGCUCAGCUAUUGGCGAUGGCUGGGCUCAGGCACUUUGGAGGUCGUGAAUAACACCCUCCGGGUGCGAGCGGUGAACCGCCGUAAAAUCUUGAUGAUGCGAUGCACGCUUGCACUCUAUCUUCCUGACGUAGGAUCUUCCCUUUAUCAUUACAAUUCUGCUAAGAUUGCUAUUCAGCCAGACCAUUCUGGAACCCAGCAGGAGGCUGGCUGCUCGAACACCGUGCAGAUGUCCAGCAUUUUUAUAUCUUCCCUUCGUCUACGAGGGAGCCUGGAGUUGAAUAUCUCAACUGUCGCCCGGUCUCAGCUCAUGAACUUAGCUGCGCCAUCAUUAGAGGCGAAGUUGAAUGGUGGCUCGUUUCAUUUGCAAGGUGGAGCUAUUGACAAGGUGCAGAUUAUCGCCAAGGACGCCUUGGCACAGGUGACCACUGACAGACCGGUGGACGUGCGUGUGGAAGACGAGAAAACUCUUUCACAAGUGUCUCUAGCCGCCCCCAUGCUGCAGGUGGCCAAUUCCUCGCGCAAACACUAUAACUUGUCCCUGUCUCAACGCGAACACCAGACCCGGGCAAUGCAGCUGGGUCUCCAUGGCACAGGCAGCAGGAUCUAUGUCCAGGCUUCGAGGCCACUCCCCCGGCUUUCGACAGAAAUCUCUCUGGUGGAGACAGAACGGUCGAACUGCCAGCCUUUGCAGGUGAUGAGGGGAGACGGCGGUGGAGCAGAGGUGGUUUUGCUUCCUCAGGCCCAGAAGCUUCUCAGUCGCUUGCGGCAAUGGCUGUUAGAUGCCAAAAUGCAUGAGAAGCACCGCUGGAUCAUUUAUAUCCACUUGCUGGCCCCUGAUGCCCCACUGGGUAUGCUGGAGCUUUUGUCGUCGCCGAUUUACCAAGCGAUUUCACUUUCGAGUGCAUCACUGAUCUCCGGGGGCAUGCUGCAGCCGCACAUUGAGCGCAUCGUCGCUCCAAUCGGAGGUGUUGAUUGGCUUUUCCCCAAGGAUCCUUGCCGUGAGGAGUCUGCGCAGAGCCGGCAGGAACGAUCGGUCCGCUUCGCACAGAGUCUUCUGGCCGCCGUGUCUUCAGAGGUGGACAUUCUGAAGAUGAACUUGACCUCAGCGAGGUGGCUGUGGAAUGCCAAAGGAGACUCAGCCUACACCUUCCAGCACGUGGAGGCUCAUGGCGAGUCAUUUUGGAGGCGGCGGGGCUUCUUCCGCGCCAUGCUCUGCGGCCGGGAGUAUUCAAUGGUCGAGACCGCAGGGAAAGGGCAAUGCACAUUUUCAAGAUGCAUGAAACCCCUAGUCGCGUCCUUGUUCCUAUAG